AUGUCAACCCCUGGAAAUCUUGAUACCGAAAGCGAGCUCAGUUUCGAACGGUCGUUGUACGUCGGAGGACAAAUAACUGCUAUAUUAUAUGGUCGGUUGAAUUUGCUAUACUUGGCUUGCUCCCUAAGAGGAAGAGAUGCCAAUUUCUAUGUCAUUUAUGGGACUAUUCUUCUUAUACUAUGGACGAUUGCAUUAGCUUGCAAUGCACUUUUUGGCCAGUACGCCUGGAUCGACCACCGCGAUGUGGAUGGGCCUGCCGCUUACAUUGAAGAAAACAUCUCAGCUGCUUAUAACACUCUAGGAACGACUGCGGGAGUGAUAAUGAACUUCUUGAGCGAUGGGUUAUUGAUAUAUCGCUGUUACAUUCUCUGGAGUUCGUGGAAAGUUAUUAUAUUUCCCAUCUUCCUCUACUUUGGAGGUCUAUGUGCGCUUGCACAACCUGGAGCCAAUUUCUUCGUUGGACAUGCAGUUGACUUUGGGGUACCUUACAUCUCCCUCACGAUCAGUCUUAAUAUUAUUGUCACGGGUCUCAUUUGUGGACGCCUACUUUACCUUCGGAAUGAGGUGAACAAAAUUCUUGGGCCCACUCAUGCAAAAAUGUACACAAGCAUCAUAGCUAUCUUGGUUGAGUCUGCAGCGCUAUUCACCAUCCUAGGAAUCGUGUAUGUGGUUGUCUAUGCACGCAAAAGCCAAACUUCUAUUGCGCUUGUACAAGUGUGGGGAGAUUUCUGCGCGAUAUCACCUCAGUUGAUCAUUCUUCGCAUUGCCAUGGGUCAUGGGUGGACCAAAGACACCGUUGGAAAGCUUACUACCCCAACGAAAAGGAUUCUUCCCCCACCUCUAUAG